AUGACAGCAGCGGUUGCGGAAUCAUCUGUGGAUCCGCUGGGUUCUAGAGAAAGAACACCAGUUACGCUCGCUGUCAGGAAGUCUUUGAAACGAACGCAUGAUCUCUUCGUGGGGAACGAGGAGUUAAAGCGCGUAGAGGAUUCUCGGGGCACAGAGGCCAUGCUGCGUCUGAAGAUGCAUGACGAGUAUCAGCAUAUUCGAGACGUCCCUGAGCAAGUCACAGAUGAAACAGUGACUGCACUGCCGUUUUUGCGGGCUGCGAUCGAUGAUGCGACACAGGAGGCAUUGCCAUCUGCGAUUACGCAAAUGAUCACCGAUGGUGACGAGAAGGGCAGCCGCGGUCCAGCAGUGGGGCCUGUUGUGCCAAUCGCGCCAAAGGCUCCUGCAGAUCCAUCAACGCAGAUUCAGGUAAGACCGCUACGCGAACGUCCCGAGAUUCCCAAACCUAUUUGGCAUCCUCCGUGGAAGUUGAUGCGGGUGAUGUCUGGCCACGAAGGCUGGGUACGGACCGUCGCCGUGGACCCAACCAACGAGUGGUUUGCAUCCUCGGGCAAUGAUCGCCUUAUCAAAAUUUGGGAUUUGGCCAGUGGCACGCUUAAGCUGUCCUUGACGGGGCAUGUCAGCACUGUGCGCGCUGUUGCCAUCUCUGAUAGGCAUCCAUACCUCUUCAGUGCGUCCGAGGAUUGCGAGGUGAAGUGCUGGGACCUAGAGCAGAAUAUGGUAAUUCGAAAUUACCAUGGACACCUCAGUGGUGUGUAUUGCCUCGUUUUGCAUCCCACACUGAACAUCCUCGCGACAGGCGGAAGAGAUGGCUCGGUUCGAAUUUGGGACAUGCGCACCAAGACUGGAAUUUUUGUCUUCACGGGCCAUACCAACGCCAUUUGCUCGUUGACAUCGCAGGCUGCAGAGCCCCAGUUCAUCAGUGGUUCCAUGGACAGAAUGGUACGAUUGUGGGACCUCGCGGCCGGCAAAUGCUCGGUUACUUUGACAAAUCACAAGAAGAGCAUACGUGCUUUGGCGAUCCAUCCACUUGAGUACACUUUUGUCUCGUGCUCUUCGGACAACAACAAGGUGUGGAAAUGCCCCAAAGGGGCGUUUGAGCGCAACAUUCAGGGCCACAAUGCCAUUGUGAAUUGUUGCACCAUCCGUGAGGGUCAACAGGGCUCCUCGCAGCUAAUAGCUGGAACGGACAAUGGCUACCUCCAUUUUUGGGAUUGGAGAAGUGGCCACAAGUUCCAGAGUCUGGAGGCAAUACCUCAGCCUGGAAGCAUGAGUGCUGAAAAUGCAAUCUUUGACAUGGCGCUGGACCAGAGUGGCAGUCGUCUGCUGACGGCAGAGUGCGACAAGACCGUCAAGAUCUACAGAGAGGACCCCAAUGCAACCCCAGAGACGCACCCUCUCAACUGGAAGGCGCCCAAGCUCAAUGCAAACCAUCGCUACUGA